AUGUCCGACAAAACCCCCUUCGAAACAGACAUGCUGACGCUCACUCGAUUCGUUAUGGAGAAGGGACGCCGCGUUAAAGGAGCAACAGGGGAGCUGACGCAGCUGCUCAACUCCAUGCUGACUGCCAUAAAGGCCAUUUCCUCUGCAGUCAGAAAGGCAGGCCUUGCCCACAUGUUUGGAAUAGCUGGGACUGUGAACGUGACUGGUGAUGAAGUGAAGAAGCUGGAUGUAUUAUCCAACUCCCUGGUGAUUAAUAUGCUCCAGUCCUCCUACAGCACCUGUGUCCUGGUCACAGAGGAGAACAAAGAGGCCAUCAUCACCCCGAAAGACAAGCGGGGUAAGUAUGUGGUGUGCUUUGACCCCCUUGAUGGCUCAUCCAACAUAGACUGCUUGGCACCAAUAGGAACAAUAUUUGCUAUCUACAAGAAGGAAACAGACAGUGAGCCCUCUGAAAAAGAUGCUUUGCAACCCGGACGCAAUAUUGUUGCUGCAGGCUAUGCUUUGUAUGGCAGCGCUACGCUGGUCGCCCUCUCCACAGGACAAGGAGUAGACUGCUUCAUGCUUGAUCCGGGUCUUGGUGAAUUUAUUUUGGUGGACAGAGAUGUUAAAAUCAAGAAGAAAGGGAAAAUAUACAGUCUCAAUGAAGGUUAUGCAAAGUAUUUUGAUCCUGCAAUGACAGAGUAUUUACAAAAGAAGAAAUUCCCUGAGGAUGGCAGUUCCCCAUAUGGUGCAAGAUACGUGGGCUCCAUGGUAGCUGAUGUGCACCGCACAUUGAUGUACGGUGGGAUCUUCAUGUAUCCUGCUAAUCAGAAGAGUCCUAAAGGAAAGCUCCGACUUCUCUAUGAGUGCAACCCUAUGGCUUUCAUCAUUGAGCAGGCAGGUGGGAUGGCGACUACAGGGACUGGGGCAGUGCUGGAUGUGAAACCUGAGAGUAUUCACCAGAGAGUUCCUCUUAUCCUCGGUUCCACAGAAGACGUGCAAGAAUACCUUAACUGUGUACAGAAGCACCAGAAGAGCAGCUAA